AUGUCUAUUUACAACUUAAGGAGAUCUGUAAGGCUUAGCCGAGCUCCUCUAGAGUCCCUGGAAAACUCAAAAACCAAGUCUAAACCAAAAAAUAAAGUUUCUCACGAAGCAUCUGAAAAUGACCAAAGGCAAACCAUCAGUAACUUACUCUCCCAUUUAGUAUAAUUAAUCACCCUUAUUUUAGAGAGCAAAAUAUUUUUACUCCACCCAUCCUUGAUCGAACAGCUCGCCAUCGUUCGAUCAAGGAUGGGGUUUAAAAAAUUUAUAUAAAAUAAAAAAAUAUAUAUAUAUAUAUAUAUAUUUUUUAUAUAUUUUUAAAUAAGAGGGUUAAAGUAUUUAAUAAUUAUUUUUACAGCAAAAAAUUGAAUUAAUUUCAUAAAAAUACCAAUUUUAAUAUUUUGAUUUAUUGAUUACCCCUUUAAACUGUAUAAAUUUUAAUUUCCUUAUUGAAUUAUUUUUUUUUUCUUUUCAAAUUUUAAAAAAUCUCUAUUUUUUUAGAUUAUUGAGUUUUUAAGCCUAGGUUGAUGACUAAAUCACUUCGGAUGGUUGAUUCCGUAGCUUUUCUGUCGUCUCAAAGUUUCUUAAAGCAACUUCAUUAGGUACAUCUUCCCAAGCUUUCGAUAACUAAUAUAUUUUUAUAUAAAAAUUUGCAUGAUAUGAAAAUUGUUCGAUCAAGGAUGGGGGUUAAUUUCCCCAAUUUUUAGGAAAUUUUGCAGUCAAUCGUUCGAUCAAGGAUGGAGGGGGGAGUUAGCAAAAUAUAAUAUGAUGCAUAAUUAAUAAUGGUUAUUUAGCUAAAACAUAAAAUUAUAAAUUAAAUUAAAUCUUUAUUUAAAAUAUUUUGGAUAUUUUAUUUUUUUAAAUUGUAUAUAUAUUUUUUUAAAAAAUAAAAAUAGACCUCCUUGGUUUGGCAAGAAUAUUUUUUUUCAUUAAUUAAGAUGGGAAGUUAGAAAAGCUUUCACUUGCCUCUAUUUCUAAACCUUGUAAGAGCUGCAAAGGCCAUGAUGAGUUCAUUAAAUCUCUUCAAGACGCUUUAAAAGAGGUCCUAGACCAGAACGAAACAUUAAGGAAAAGAAUUAUCGAGCUAGAAGCCCAGCUGACUCUAUAUGAAGACAGAAUUGAAGAAAAAAAUGAAGAAAUAGCGGUGCUGCAGAAAAAAGCCACAAAAAUGAGGUCAAAAUCAGAAAAUUUGAGAAAAAUGGAAAUAGAAGACAAAAAUAUUAAAUAA